UUAAUGUGUCCGUCACCAGCACGUUUCGUGUGAAGUUUGAAUGUGGUGUAUACGUAGGAUUGCACUUAACCUAAAAAUAAAUACGUUUCAAAUAAACUUAACCAAACCAGCUAGCGUUUUACAACUGCUACAUUCACAAGCUAGCUGCCGUUGUUUACUGUCUGUGGACGUGAAAGCACCACGAUACAUGUCCAGUCAGCCGAAGAGACUCCGCACUGCAAACAUGCCCGCUGUUAAGAUCGGAACCCACAAUGGCAGCUUUCAUUGUGAUGAAGUCCUGGCCUGUUUCAUCCUCCGGCAGCUGCCCGAGUACAAGGAUGCCGAGAUAAUCCGCACAAGGGACCCGAAACAGCUGGCAGAGUGUGACAUCGUUGUAGACGUGGGAGGAGAGUUUGAUCCAAAGAAGCAUCGCUAUGACCAUCAUCAGAGGUACGACUGUAGCAGUAUGCUGCUGCGAAGAGAUUACGUUUAUUAAGUGUUUGAAAAGAAA